ACGUGAAAAAUCCUGCUCUCAAUUAUAAAUCCACCCACGCCCUUCCCAUUCCCAAACUCCAUUACUACAACUCGUCGAUAAUAGGAGAGAAAGUCCAGUUCUUUCUCCGGCGGCGGCGGAGUGGUGGCGAAAACGGCGGAGACGAUUGGCGUAAUAGAGAGAGUGAAAGUGUUGCUGUAUGUCAAUUGUGGAGUACUUUGCUGACGACAAUUACUACUGCUAUCACUACAGUGGGAUCUCUAAUCCUCUCCAAUGGCCUCAACUUCGGAAAAAGCGACGUCUCUUUCGUCUUCCUGUUGCGCUUCCGCAGAGAUCCGUGAUUCUACGCCGUCAUCGGCCGCCGAUCAGUCACCGGCAGCCGUCGAUAGGGUUAUCGGUGAGAGACCGUCGAAUUUGACUCGUCCGGUUGAAUCGCUUCCUGAAAGCCCUACCGUAACUUCUUCCGCCGUAGCUAAAGGGGUCUCGAUGCCAUGGAAGACUCGAACAAGCCACCCAUUGGAUCCUUUAUCUGCUACUGAAAUCAAGGUGGCAGUUGCUACUGUCAGGGCUGCUGGUGCAACUCCCGAGGAGAGAGAUAGCAUGCGGUUUAUUGAGGUGGUUUUAGUGGAGCCAGAAAAGCAUGUCAUUGCUAUGGCAGAUGCAUAUUUCUUUCCUCCUUUCCAACCAUCUUUGUUGCCUAGGGUAAAAGGCAGACCUGUUAUACCAUCUAAGCUUCCCCCGCGGCAGGCAAGACUCAUCGUCUAUAGCAAAAAGUCAAAUGAGACUAGCAUAUGGGUUGUUGAAUUCCUAGAAAUUCAUGCAACUACACGAGGAGGCCACCAUAGGGGAAAAGUCAUUUCAUCCAAAGUUAUUCCUGAUGUACAGCCUCCCAUGGAUGCUGUAGAAUAUGCUGAAUGUGAAGCUGUUGUGAAAGAUUAUCCUCCAUUCCGAGAGGCAAUGAAAAGGAGGGGUAUCGAGGAUAUGGAUCUUGUUAUGGUAGAUGCAUGGUGCGUUGGUUAUCACAGCGAGGCUGACGCUCCAAGGCGUAGGCUUGCCAAGCCCCUUAUUUUCUGCAGAACUGAAAGUGAUUGCCCUAUGGAGAAUGGUUAUGCUCGUCCAGUUGAAGGAAUCCACGUUCUUGUUGACAUGCAAAAUAUGGUGUUGAUUGAGUUUGAGGACAAGAAGUUUGUUCCUCUACCACCUGCUGAUCCACUAAGAAAUUACACUCCUGGUGAAACAAGAGGAGGUGUUGAUAGAAGCGACGUAAAACCAUUGCUUAUUAUUCAGCCUGAAGGACCUAGCUUCCGUGUUAAAGGCCAUUAUGUUGAAUGGCAGAAGUGGAGUUUCCGCAUUGGAUUUACUCCACGGGAAGGUUUGGUUAUACAUUCUGUUGCAUAUGUUGAUGGAAGUAGAGGCCAUCGUUCUGUAGCACAGAGGUUAAGCUUUGUUGAGAUGGUGGUUCCUUAUGGUGAUCCGAACGAACCACAUUACAGGAAGAACGCAUUUGAUGCUGGUGAAGAUGGUCUUGGAAAGAAUGCACAUUCGCUGAAAAAGGGUUGUGAUUGUUUAGGCUACAUUAAAUAUUUUGAUUCCCAUUUUACAAACUUUACUGGAGGUGUUGAAACAAUUGAAAACUGCGUCUGUCUGCACGAGGAAGACCAUGGAAUGCUAUGGAAGCACCAAGACUGGCGAACAGGGUUAGCCGAAGUGAGAAGAUCAAGGAGGCUUACUGUUUCAUUCAUCUGCACAGUGGCCAAUUAUGAGUAUGGAUUCUACUGGCACUUUUACCAGGAUGGCAAGAUUGAGGCCGAGGUUAGACUUACUGGGAUUCUCAGCGUAGGAGCCCUCCUGCCUGGUGAAGUCCGAAAAUAUGGUACUACAAUUGCUCCUGGGUUGUAUGCACCUGUACAUCAACACUUUUUCGUUGCUCGUAUGGACAUGGCUGUUGAUUGCAAGCCUGGCGAAGCUCUGAAUCAGGUUGUUGAGUUGAAUAUAAAGGUAGAGGAACCUGGGAAGGACAAUGUUCAUAAUAAUGCAUUCUAUGCUGAGGAGAAAGUACUUAAAUCUGAGUUACAAGCAAUGCGUGAUUGUAGUCCUUUGACUGCCCGCCAUUGGAUUGUAAGGAAUACAAGAACAGUAAACCGCACAGGCCAGCUGACUGGUUACAAGCUAGUGCCAGGUUCAAACUGUUUACCUUUAGCAGGUCCUGAGGCGAAAUUUCUAAGAAGAGCAGCGUUCUUGAAGCAUAACUUAUGGGUUACACCUUAUGCCCAUAAUGAAAUGUUUCCUGGUGGAGAAUUUCCAAAUCAAAAUCCACGCGCUGGGGAAGGGUUGGGUUCUUGGGUUAAACAAAAUCGCUCUUUGGAGGAGGCUGAUGUAGUUCUCUGGUAUGUAUUUGGAUUGACACACAUACCGCGUCUUGAGGACUGGCCAGUCAUGCCUGUGGAACAUCUGGGUUUUAUGCUUAUGCCCCAUGGAUUCUUCAACUGCUCACCAGCUGUUGAUGUACCACCCAACACACAUGAGUCUGAUAUCAAGGAAACUAACGGCGUAGUUGCUAAGCCUGUUCAAAAUGGUCUGAUCGCAAAACUCUGAGAAAACUAUGAACCAUAACUUUGUUACUUGAGAACCUUCUGUUGGUAUUUGCAGUGUCCAUAAACUCGUAAAACUUCUGUUUUGAAGUUGCUCUGAUCAAUAUUUAUUCACUUGUAAAGUUCCAUCUGUGAACCGGUCUGUUUGAAUAAAAAGAGAUGUUUCUGUUA